AUGUGUUCUGAUUUCGGUUAUGAUAAUGAUAGAGCCUGGGGUGGAGGUGGGGACGGAGCUGGAGCCAGGAGAGGAGGUGGGGAUGGAGCUGGAGUCUGGGUGGAGGUGGAGGUGAAGCAUGGGGCCGAGAUGGGGGGCGAACUGGAGCAUGGUGCUGAGGUGAGGGGGAGCUGGAUCAUGGGGCCGAGGUGGGGGGGGGGAGCUGGAACCUGGGGUCGAGCCAUGGGAGGAACUGGAGCGUGGGGUGGAGGUGGGGGCGAAGCUAGAGCCUACGGAGGAGGGGGGUGGAGCUGGAGCCUGGGGAGGAGGUGGAGAUGGAGCUGGAGCCUGGGGUGGAGGUAG